GGCGUGCUUGGGCCGGUGUCCAAGGCAACGGCGUGCGCGUGCUCGAAGCCCGUGACGAGGAGAGAGAGAGGGAGCGAGAGAGAGAGAGAGAGAGAGAGAGAGAGAGAGAGAGAGAGAGAGAGAGAGAGAGAGAGAGAGAGAGAGAGAGCGAGAUUUUUGCCACGUUACGUACCCCUCCGCCAAAUUACGUACCUCUCCGCCACGUUAGGUCCCCCUCCGCCCUCACCCUCCCUCUCCCCUCCCUCCCUCCCUGCCCGACUCCCAGUGUGGGCGGAAGCGAGCGAGGCGAAACACGACACCCAGAGGACGGAGCGAGGCGAGAGGGUAGAGUAGAAGAAGAAGAAGAAGGGAGACGAAGGGAGGGGGCGGGACGGAGGAGGAAGAAGAAGAGUGCCGGUAGUAGCGUGAGCGCCAGAAAAGCGGGCGGGCAAAAAAAAAAAAAAAAAAAAAGUCCAACAAGAGAGACGUCCUAGCGCGGAGAAGUCACGUCAAAGCUCGGAGACUUGUAGAACGGCGACGAAGAUGCGGCCGAGUCGGAGUAAGCACUCGCCGGAGAGUUCGCUAAACAAGUUCCUGGAAGAGUGAAAGCGCUUUCUGAUCGCCUCUACCGCCCUUUUUUUUUUUUUUGUCCCCUGUUGUUGUCUUUGAGAACAACUUUGAGAACCACCAUUAAUACCGGAUCCUAGCCGCUUAGCUCACCCGGGAGCGAGCCCCCUCGGUCGGACUCGGAGAGAGGCAAAGUUCCCCCACCCCAACAAGGAGGCCGAGAGAGUCCCACUCCAGUCGGCGGAGUUUCGCCAACUUUUACGGACAAAAUGAAGACCCCCGGAGACAACGGUUUUGCCUUUCCUGACUGGGCCUACAAGCCAGAGUCGAGUCCGGGGUCCAGGCAGAUCCAGCUGUGGCACUUCAUCCUGGAGCUGCUGAGGAAAGAGGAGUACCACGACGUCAUCGCCUGGCAGGGUGACUACGGCGAGUUUGUCAUCAAGGACCCGGAUGAGGUGGCCCGGCUCUGGGGUGCCAGGAAGUGUAAACCCCAAAUGAACUACGACAAACUGAGCAGGGCACUGAGAUACUACUACAACAAGAGGAUCCUCCACAAGACCAAAGGCAAGCGGUUCACCUACAAAUUCAACUUCAAUAAACUGGUGUUGGUCAACUACCCUUUCAUUGACAUGGGCUCCACCGGAAAUGGUGUCCCUCAGAGCGCCCCACCCGUCCCCUCCAGUGCCGGGACUCACUUCCGGUUCCCUCCCUCAACGCCCUCGGAAGUCCUUUCCCCGAACGAGGACCUGCGCAGCCCUGGUGGCCUGUACAGCUCGGUGGCCCGCCGCAUGGCUCGCGGCUCCGUGAGCGACUGCAGCGAUGGCACUUCUGUCAAUUCCGAGAUAGAAGACGGCAAUCUGGGCGGUGGGGAGGAGAGGGCGGAGAGGAGCGUGGCUGGCGGAGGAGGGCCCGGAGGUGGAGGGGGAGGCUACAGGAGCAUCAUCCACCCCCGCUUGUCUCACGAGUCUCUGUUCCGCAUCUACGGGGGAGGUGGCAACCCCAGCGCUCACCCGGGCUCCCGUGGCCCCGUCGGGCACCGUAUUCACCCAGAAUCUUUGUCCCCCUUCCCCGUGUCCCCCCUGCCUGGACCGGGAGGAGCGGGCCUCCUUGCCCCACCUCUAUCCCCAGCUCUCAGCUUGACUCCCGCAUCACACCUCCCUUACACUCCCUCACCCACUCUGUCGCCCAUGUUGGGCUCCCACUUCUCCUUUAACCCAGAGGACAUGAAGCGCUACCUACAGGCGCACACCCAGUCAGUGUACAACUACGGGCUCAGCCCCCGCGCUUUCCUGCAGUACCCCAACAUCGUCAUCCCACAGCCACACCGGCCCGCCGCCGACAAGGUAGGUCUGGGCGGUGAGCGAGGAGCGACAGAGCGAGCCGAAAGAGAACGAGCUGGUGAGCGGCACCAUCACACACCGCUGUCUCACUCCACCCACCACCACCACCCGCACCCACCUCACUCGGCCCACCCUCACCCCCAAUCCCACCCGAUGCAUCACACACUCCACCUGGGCGAGGAGCCCCCUCACAUGUCCCCCUUCAAGUUUAAGCUGCAGCCACCACCGCUGGGCCGCAAGCAGAGAGAUGGGCAGAGCCAGAACAAAGCACGGCAGAGCUCGCUCUCCUCCGGCUCUGGGUCCGGGUCCAUGUCGUCCACUUCAGGCCUAGGCUCCUCGCUGUCGUUUGGUAGCGACCUGAGCUCGGCCAGUGGCUCGGGCCUUAUCUCUGCAUCGUCCUCCACGCAGUCCCUCAACAGUGCAGGCCUUCCCAAAAUCAAGGUGGAGCCCAUCUCAGACAUCGAAUCGGAAGAAGAGGUGGAGGUGACCGACAUUAGCGAUGAAGACCCCGAUGAGCGAGAUGAAGACUUUGAGCUCUUUGCGCAUCGCCUGUCCAGAGCUCCAAACCGCCACCUCCACCACCACCACCUCGUGUCUAACGACUCGGCCGCCCACCCGUCACUUCCUGACGAGGACCUGGAUGAAGAUGUGUUCAAAGCUCCCGCCCCACCUCCGCCCGGCCUCACGCCCUUCUUGGCUUCGCAACACGGCUACUCCAGCGCGCACCGUGGGCCGCCCGCCCUCAAGACCGAGCCCGGCGAGUCGGCGGACUCGAGCCCUCCCCCGAAUCCGCCUCCGCAAACCAAGUGCAUCCCCCUCAAGCUGCGCUUCAAGAGGCGCUGGAGCGAAGACCAACGCAUGGAGGCCUCGCAGGAGGAGUCCGACGACAAGAAAGUCCGGCCGCAGGAGCAGAGGGACCGCCAGAGCAACGGGCGUAUGGAGACAGAGGAGGAUGUGCCUGGAGAAGUGGACAGCCCCCCUCUGUCAGCUUACCAGAGUUCCAUAGCCCCGCCCUUACCCGCGCAUCGGCGGGCGAGCGCUGAGCUACAUCGUGCUGCGGCGCAGCUGUCUCUGGAGAACAAAGACUGCUGAUGGGAUUUCACGCCGGAGAUAUGUAAAUGGUUCCUCUGUAUUCUCCAAAGCUUCUCCGCCCGGCCCUGUUCAACCGACACCUCAACGACCGCCUUACUACUAUGACUCUGACAGAUUCCCCCACCAACAAGUUCUCGAUCAGGAUUCUUCUGGGACGCAUUAUUUGUGUAGGAGGUACACUUUGAUCCAGCCAUCACAGGAACACUUACUGUAAAGCCACAUUUCCACCAGGUGGUACGGUUUGAUUAGCACGGUACAGUAAACCGUGGUAGAUGGAACGGCCUACCUAAAUAGCGCACCGUAAAAAAAGGCUGCACGAUUAUGGCCAAAAGAACAAUCACGAUUAUGUGGAUCAAUAUUGUAAUCACGAUUAUUCCUCAUGUUAAGGACAAAAAAACAAUCUUUAUUUUUAUUGCAUUACUUUUCAACAAACAAUAUAUAAACAGUUUUCAGUACAAAAUGAAUCUUUAAAUAAGAAUAAAUGAUGGGAAAUUUCAAAAUAUAUAUUUAAGAAAUUCAAAUUGACCAAGGGCUAACUGAAUAAAUAUCCGUUUACAUAGUGCAAUCAGGAAUUGCAAUUUAAUAGAAGCAAAUGCCGUUAAAAGGCAAUAACAUUAGGUUCCAAGCACCGACUUUUCAUUUGCAAAUCCCCGUCAAUAUAAUGAAUUGUCAAGGACGGGCACGGCUCCUUUGUUCUGCUGAACACUUGUGGUUGCAAACAGCAAGGAAGUCAACAGUUGUGGUUUCCCUCUCUAUUUACUCCCAGUGUUUUUCACUGCGGUCAAGUCAGCCUCCAGUUGUAGUCAAGGCAGCAGCAACGAUUGUUAAUAGUUUACGUUACGUAACACGCCGCCAGUGUGCUUCGAGGGCCAACUUCAAAAUUAAAGCCUCACAUAUUAAUAUAAUACAUUGGACAUCAAUGCCAUUUUAGGCUUUUAUUUUGAAGUUGGCACCGGGGUGCUACUGUAAUGCUUAGUAUGAACAAUCGUUGUGUUGGCUAGUUUAAUUUAAACUUUUUGACUUUAGGCUGGCCUGACCGCAGUCAUUGUUCGUAGUGCAUUUAAUGAGAAAUAAUUGCCGUUUUUUUCUUUUUUCAAAUGGCUGAACAGAUUAGCUGUUACCUUGCAGGGCAGACAACUAUGCUGCACUCUUAACAUAUGGCUUCUUGUUUGAAGUCUCUUGCCUUGAAUCAAAACAUGUCCAGAAAACGGAUGUUGAUCCAUUUUCGAGUCGCUAGUUCCAAUCUUUGCUGUGACUCAAGAGACUACUGUUGCAGGAGUGGCGUUUAGGGAGCUCAAUUAUGUUGAUUAAGUUCACACUUAAUAUGCCACAGUGCCCGCAUUUUAAAUGUAAAAAAAAAAACUCACCCAUGAUUCAGGCUCAUUUAAUCGUGGCAGCCCAAAUCGCGAUCAUGAUUCAAAUUCGAUGAAUGGUGCAGCCCUACAGUGAACCAUUUUUUGUACCACGGCAGUUGAUACCCCAACGGUAGGCUGCUGUAAAUUCACAUCUGUCAGGUUUCUUGGAAUAGAGGUAGGCAGUGGCAGGCUAGUUGUUAACUCAUUGGCCCCACAAUCAAGAGAUCCUGGGUUUGGAUCCUCCUUUGGGUGUGGAUUCUCCAGGUACUCUGGCUAAAAUUAUGCCUCUAGGUUCAUUGAAGACUCUAAAUUGUCAAUAGGUGUGAAUGUGAGUGUGAAUGCUUAUGUAUUUGCGCCCUACGAUUGGCUGGUGGCCAGUCCAGGAUGUACCCCGCCUCUUGCCCAAAGUGACCUAAUGAAGACGAGCGCUGUAGAAAAUGGAUGAAUGGUGCCCAGAAAACACAUACUGUACUGAGCUAAGCUAAGCUGCACUGCUUGGUGGAAACGGGUCAUGAGUGGACUGCAAUCAGAGAGACUGGCGGAUCGUUACCUCUCCCAAGGCCAGUGAAGCUCGAAAGUGCAUCUCCGCCUCGUCACAUUUUCCUCAGGGGACCCUUUUUCCCUUAGCCGCUCCCCCCCUUAACCCACACUCUACCACAUUGUAAAUAGGCGACUAUGACAAGUGCCUGUACUUAGGAACCCCUCAGUCACACAGGACUUGGCAGGAUGACAAGGAAAGGGGGCCGGGGGGCAAAGGGGGUCUUUUCAGCACUGGAGGGUGUUGGUUGGGUGCUGACAUGUGACUCUUCAACUUGAGCCACCCCACUCAGGGAAGCCUGUUGCUGUUUGGUCAUUGGAAAAGGGGGGAAACAAAACACAAAAACAGAUCGCUAGUUACAGACUGACGGUGUCGCUUCUGUGGACCACCUGUGUGCAGUCCGCUCACUGAGAAAAUCUUAAGCCCGCCCCCAGCACCCCCUACCCCACCCCACUCCAAGCCUAACGUGGAUGACCAAGAACUACUUUGCUCACCACUCUUCACCAGCCUAAGAUCCUCUAACAAUCAACACACACAAGUGGAAAACUCAACCAGCAAACACACACGCAUGCACGCACACACACACACACGCAUGCGCGCUCACACACACACUUCAACAUGCGCUCUCAGAAUUUACACUUUUUAAUGUAUUCCACCCAAGAUUUUAAAGAAUGGCACAUUUUGACUGAUCAUCUCUUCACAGCCCCACAUCACCUCGCCUCUCUAGUUCCCCACCGUGUGUGUGUGUGUGUGUGUGUGUGUGUGAGAGAGAGAGAGAGAGAGAGAGAGAGAGAGAGAGAGAGAGAGAGCGUGCUAAUCAGGUAUUGGACUAAUAUUAUUAGUGAGACUGUUAAUCUUGUUUUUUCUUCUUUUAGUCGUAGACCUUUACGAUUCACAACCCUGGGCCGUCACCUCUCCUUCCUCGUUCCCACGAGUGUGUGUGUGUGUGUGUGUGUGAGAGCGAAAACAAUAUAAUUUGCUGUUGGAUUAGGAUUAUUAGUGAAACCGUUCAUUUUGUUUCUAUUCACAGUUGUUUUCACAAAGCACACCUGAGGUGGGUCCUCUUUUUGGUUUUCACCUCCUCUCUCGUUCCCACGUGUGUGUGUGUGUGUGUGCGUGCGUGUGCAUGUGACGCAUCUCAGGACGAAAGGGGUAAGCGAGCAAGGUGUUAAGGAGGUUAAUCAUUACUGUAAGGAAACGCUUGACGUGCUUGUCCCCAAAUACCCUCUCUCCUCAUUCUAUGCACAUACAAACACAGACGCACACUAUUGGCGCUCAUUCGUGUCCCGGGACCAGACAGAUCCAUAAGACCUCCACGCAGUUCUGUGAUCGAAUUCCUUCUCUCUUUUUUUUUUUUUUUUGGAUGCAUGAGAGCAUGACGUACACACACACAGACGCACACACACACGGAUGAGUGUGUACUUGUAACUAACUGCUGCCUUACUGCUAACUUUUCCUAACCCAAAGCAUCUUGCUUAAAAAGAAAACAAAACAAGAAACACAGCACAAAGAUUCUCAAUCAAGAGGAUAAAAGUUUAUUUUUCUGAUGUAAAUAUUGUUCUUAAAGUCCCCCCCCCCCCACCACCACCACUUGGCAUUAUAACUUGUUAUUAUUAUUCUUAUUAUUUCCUAGAUUUUUGUUGUGUACAUCCAAUUCCCGCAAAGCCUCUUUUACUGUUUUUAGAUUUCACUGGUGUAUUCAGAGUUCAAUCUUACCCAUUUUAUCUAGGUUUUUUUUUUUUUUUUUUCAUCCUGUGAAGUCAUUUUUAUCUAGUAGUUUUUACCUUGGGGGAGGUUGCAUUAUUUGGAAAUAUCCAAUUGUGUGUACUAUUGUUUGUGUAAAUGUUACGAGCUUGUUACGUAACACUCCUGACGUGAAAAUGUGCUGAGAUGAGUUAAUCCCGUGACGUAACGUCAUCGUCCCCACUUUUUUUCCUCCCCUCCUCCUUGUUGGUUGGUUGGGUUUUUUUCUCCUCCCUUCCCUUGAAAGAAUUUUUAAUUAAGAUGUAAUCAGGGUUAAUUAAAACCAGUUAAAAGCCAAAA